AGGGCAAAGUUUGGCAGCCUGCAAGGGGCUUCCAGGCUGGAGUGGGCGGGCCCCCGGAGGGCCCUUUAGCGCUCCCAGCUCAGGGGCUCGGGCUGCCAGGACUCGAGGGGUGUGUUGACCAUGCACCGCGGGGCUGCCGCGGUCCCGGGCAGUGGCCCGCCUCAGGAUGGAGAGCAGCCCGCGGAGUCUCCAGAGCCUCCGCCGCCGUGGCCGCCGCCUCCGCCGGCUCCUCCGCCGCUUCAUGCACCUUCGCCAGAACCGGCACCAGAGCCCUGUCCAGAGCCUGCUCCAGGAUUCUGCCCGGACGCGACCCCAGAACCAGCUACAGAACCAGACGCAGAGUGGAGUCCAGAACCUGCCACAGAGCCGGCCCCAGAGCUGGCCCCAGAUCCAGCCACACAGCGGGUUUCAGGGCUUGCCCCAGAACCUGCCCCUGGGCUGGUCCCCAAACCAGCCUCAGAGCUGAUCCCAGAACCUGCCAUAGAGCCAGCCUGGGGCCUGGCCCCUGAACCAGUUCCAAAGCCGACCCCAGAAGUGGCCCCAAAGCCCAUCUCAGAACCUGCCACACAGCCGGCCUCAGAGCCAACUCUAGCACCUGCCAUAGAGUCAGCCCAAGAGUCCUGUCCGAAGCCAAGUCCAGCACCAUGUUUAUUGCAAUGUCCGGUGGUCGAUCGGGACAGAAGUCCAAAGACCUCGCCGUUUCCAUCGCCCCAAAUGCCAGUGUCAUGGUCCAGAAUAAAGAAAAUACUGAAGGAAGGACCUUUGCUGAAGAAUUGUAACUCCCUCAAGAGAUGGAAACUUAGAUAUUUUCUGAUUCAAGGACAAAAGCUCUACUUUGCACACCAUCCAGCGUUUGCGCACUUUGAAACAAUUGAUCUGUCUCAAGUAACCUUAGCCGAAAGCAGUUGUAGAAACCUUUGCCACAGCUUUUGUGUUAUCACACCACAACGAAAAGUCACCCUGGCAGCACCAAACCGAAAAGACAUGGAAGAAUGGAUCAAUGUCAUUAAGACUGUCCAACAAGGAGAAAUUCGUAAGAUACCUGUAGCAGAAAACAACCCUUUCCUUGUUGGAAUGCACUAUUGGUAUUCCAGCUACAGUUCCAGGACACAGCAUUGCAAUAUUUGCCGAGAGAGCAUUCCUGCCUUAUCUCGAGAUGCCAUUAUCUGUGAAGUGUGCAAAGUGACAUCUCACAGAUUAUGUGCUUUGAGAGCAAGCAAAGACUGCAAAUGGAACACCUUAUCCGUCACUGACGACCUUCUUCUGCCUGUAGAUGAGGUGCAGACCAUGCCUCAUCAAUGGGUAGAAGGAAACAUGCCUCUCAGCUCUGAAUGCGCAGUAUGUCAUGAGAGCUGUGGCAGUUACCAACGACUUCAAGACUUCCGCUGUCUCUGGUGCAAUUCUACGGUGCAUGACAGCUGUCGGAGACGGUUUUCCAAGGAAUGUUGCUGCGGAAGCCAUCGAUCAUCGGUCAUUCCGCCCACUGCUCUCAGCGACCCCAAAGGCAAUGGACAAUUAGUAGUAUCUCCAGACUUCUGGAAUCUUGAUUGGUCAUCUGCCUGUUCAUGCCCUCUUCUCAUCUUCAUCAACUCCAAAAGCGGUGAUCAUCAAGGGAUCGUUUUCCUCCGAAAAUUCAAGCAAUAUCUAAACCCGUCUCAAGUAUUUGAUCUAUCGAAGGGUGGACCUGAAGCAGGGCUGUGCAUGUUCAAGAACUUUGCUCGCUUUCGUGUUCUGGUUUGUGGUGGAGAUGGCAGCGUGAGCUGGGUCCUAUCCUUGAUGGAUACCUUUGGGUUGCAUGAUAGGUGUCAGCUGGCUGUCAUCCCACUUGGAACUGGUAAUGAUCUGGCACGUGUCCUUGGCUGGGGUGCAUUCUGGAGCAAAAACGAGUCCCCUUUGGACAUUCUCAACAGAGUGGAGCAGGCCAGUGUGAGGAUACUAGACAGAUGGAGUGUGAUGAUCCGUGAGACUCCCAGGCAAAGCCCGUUGCCAAAAGGACAGGUUGAAAUGGACAUCCCACAAUUUGAGGCUGCUGCCAUCCAACACUUAGAAUCUGCAAGCACCGAGUUGAACAAAAUCCUGAAGGCCAAGUACCCCACAGAGAUGAUCAUUGCAACCAGAUUCUUGUGCUCAGCAGUGGAAGAUUUUGUGGCUGAUAUUGUAAAGGCCUGGAGUCGAAUUAAACAGAACAAUACAGCAAUAGAGUCUGUGAUUUUGAAAAGUGACUUAAUGUUUGAUAAGCUGAGUGUCCUGAUUGAUAUCCUGUCUGAGGAUGCAUCAGCUACCUCUGUUAAGAAAGGAACUACAGUAUAUACAGUCAGUGGAAAGGCAGACGGAAAGCCCUUCAUCCCUCAAAUGGAUCACAUAGCCAAAUCCAAGUUGGAGUUGGCCACAAAGGCCCAGAAUCUCCAGACAUCUUUGAAACUCAUCAUAUUCCAGGUUGAACAAGCUCUGGAUGAAGAAAGCAGACAGACCUUAUCAGUCAAGAACUUUACUUCCACUUCAACUUUCCUCCUGGAAGAAGACUCAGAGAGUAUUACCCAGACAAGCCCACGGCACCGUUCUCGGUGUCAUGGUACUUUGUCUUCUAUAUCGUCUCUCCAAAGUGAGGACCUAGACAACCUUAACUUAGAACACUUACAUUUUACACCGGAAACUCUACGCUUCAAAGAAAAGUGUGUCAUGAACAACUACUUUGGGAUUGGACUGGAUGCUAAAAUUUCUCUGGAGUUCAAUACCAGAAGAGAUGAACACCCAGGACAAUAUAAUAGCCGCCUUAAGAACAAAAUAUGGUACGGCCUUCUGGGAAGCAAGGAACUUCUGCAGCGCUCUUACAGGAACCUGGAAGAACGAGUGCGCUUGGAGUGUGAUGGAGAAGUCAUCUCAUUGCCAAACCUGCAAGGCAUCGUAGUGCUCAACAUUACCAGCUAUGCCGGAGGUAUCAAUUUCUGGGGAAGCAACACAGCAACCACAGAAUAUGAGGCUCCUGCAAUAGAUGAUGGGAAGCUGGAAGUAGUGGCAAUCUUUGGUUCUGUGCAGAUGGCGAUGUCCCGAAUCAUCAACCUGCAUCAUCAUCGCAUCGCCCAGUGCCACGAGGUGAUGAUAACCAUUGAGGGAGAAGAAGGUAUCCCAGUGCAGGUGGAUGGGGAAGCCUGGGUUCAGAGGCCAGGCCUUAUCAAAAUUAAAUACAAGAAUGCUGCCCAAAUGCUGAUGAGAGAUCGGGACUUUGAAAAUUCAAUGAAGACAUGGGAGUGCAAGCAUACGGAAAUUAAGGCUGCCCUGCAACCCCAGCUGGGUUCCCAGCAAUCGCAAGAUAGCCUCUCUGAUGAGGAACAUGCCCAGAUGCAGCACUUAGCUCAGCUUGCAGAAAAUCUCAUCAGCAGACUUAAUGACCUGAGCAAGGUCCACCAGCAUGUAUCUGUCCUCAUGGAUUCUGUGCAUGCCAGUGCCAACAUCUUGAAUGAUGUAUUUUAUGGCCAAGACAGUAGCAAUGAGGCAGGUGCAGCUUCCUGUACUCCCAUUGAGACUCUAAGCAGAAACGACGCGGUAGAUGUUACAUUUAGUCUUAAAGGGCUCUACAAUGACACCAAAGCUUUCCUGGAUGAAAAUUUGCUGAGAAAUGCUGAAGACAAGGCCACAUUACAAGCCGCCCUGGAUGCCAUGAAUGAACAGUUUGAAAAGCUUUCUGAGAUCGACUGGAUGUGUCCAAUUCUUGCUCCAGAGGAAAAGUCUUCAGACAUGGACAGUAGGAGCCUGAGGUUGAAAGGUCAGUUCCCCAAAUUGGGGAAGAAAAAACUAGAAGAGGAAGACAGGCAUAAGUCAGGCCGAGGAAUCCAGGGAUUUUUCGGCAGUUUAUGGCAUCGCCGAAAUCGCGAAGAUCAAGCAACUGAUGAUGAGCCUCCAGCACCAUCAAGAUCUCUGUUGUAGCCCUUAAAAGCUGGAGGGUGAACUCAUAUACAAAUUCUUCUUUAAAAAAAAAACUCUUGAAACCUCAAUCGAGCCUACACCACAUUGUUUCAGAACAAGCAUGUGCACCACCAAGGAAGACCCUCCAAUUCUUUACACUAACACACUCUUCCUGGACUGAAUCAGGUCUCCUUAGAGGUUUACAUUUUCUCAUUGGCCAAAGAUUCUUGUUCUGAGUUGUCUUGUUCAGUUCUCCUUCUCUUUGUACAUAUUGAGCAAUCGUAGUAUUUCCUGGGAUGAGUGCUUUAUGAACAGCCUGGGAUCUACAAAAGAUUCAAUGGAAUUCAACUCUUGCAGCAAGACUGCUGAUGCUAAGGAAAUGAAUGAAUGCAAGAAAGACUUUCAGGGAGAUGAAGAGAGGGGGCAGGACAGCCAGGUUUGGUUGUGUCUCCCCUCAAUUCCUGCCAAACACAAUUCACAGUUUCUUGAGAUCUCUGCUGGUUGGCUCACUAAGCUGAGUUCUAGAUCCUGGGAGCUGGAGGCUUGUCCACUUGCCUGUUUAUAUGACCAUGUGAAAUCAUUUCUUGGAGAUAUGGGAAACCCUCCUUUUCUGCAAAGCCUUUGUGUUUCUCCAUGUGUGCUUGUAAUGUCUUUGCACAUGUCCAGGUGGUGCUCUGGUGGCUGGGUGGGUCCAUUGGUUGGCGCUCACCCCUCAUAGCAACCAUUAAGGCCCCCUCCUACUGCCUUAAUCCUAGCCUGCAUGCCUCCAUGGAGUGUUUGCCUGCAUUCUUGCUGGGUUUUUUAAGUAAACGUUUUGCCACUGUGCUGCAGUAUAGAUUAUAUGCAGAGACAUAAAGAUGUAAAUAUAUAGAGAUAUUUUUAAAGAACUGAAAAUACAACUCAACCUCUAAGUGACCGUAUAAUUUAUUGUGCUAACCCAGGACUCCCUCCCUAUCUCCAUUGCCCUACACACAUAUACACCUCUACCAACUGCCCUAGAUCUUGGUGGAGCUUCUAAUCUUUUGGUGCAUUUUCAGCGUCUUAGAAAUGGCUGGGCUCUACCUUUAGUCCAGUCAAUUCUGACACCCCUUGAAAAUUCUGAGCCAGGCCGUAGAAUUGAGAACAAAAAAUACCAAUGCCUCUGAGAAGGGGGCUAUGCUGGCAUGCUGCCCUUUUUUGUUCAAUUUGUCCUGGACUCUACAUCAGCAACUACCCUGACCUGUGCUGGCCCCUUCCCCAAUAAAACAACCAUUACGGAGCAACCAGGCCUUGAGUCACAGGCUAUUAGGACAGUCCCGAAAUCACCUUCAGAUCUUCCAUCUUGCCUUUUUCCCUGGAGUGCAGAGAGGCAUUCUACAUGACCAGAAGAGAACUUGGAUUUGGGGAAACGGAGGCUAAAAGCCCCUGCUUCCCCACAGUUUUUUUCUUCCAAAUUUCUAAGGACUACAAACAGGCCUAAACUGCUCCGAAUCCCAAUUUGUGUUUUUGAAUUUCUACUCCCAGUCAGGCAAAUCUAAUCAAACACCUAUGCCCAGGGAGUUUCUCUCUGGUCUGCCUUGCAUCCUCACCCUAUGCUCAACUCAGAACCUUUGGGUAAGCUUCCCUUCCCCUUUAUCAAGAGAAAGCCAAAAACCUGACCUCUCCCCACUCUUCAAACUCAGUGUGCUCAAUUUCCUGACUCAGUCCAAUGGCUGGUUCAUCGAGGUGCACAAUCCAGACUCUAAGCACUGGUUCUCAACUCUGGAACUCCACCAGCCUAAUCCACUUAAACCAGCCUCCUGUAUUCCACCUCUGCAGGGGUGAGGAGAAAACUACUAACAAGGGGAUAAUCCCCAAAUGUCUGACUGCUCUGCCAAACAAAAGUCCUGGCGCUACAAGAAGAGAAGAAAGUCGAAGGAAAAUGCCAAGAGGAAACAUUUACAAAGCACCAGGAUGUGUUAACUUAUUGUGUAUAUCUGAGUGGGGAGUGUGCUGUUGCUGUGUUUUUGGCUUUCUCUGGAUAGCUCUUUCUUUCCAAGAGGAGGUAUUGGAUCACAUCAGCAAGGUCACCAUCACAGCUCAACUUGGGUCCUCCAUGGCAGCACGCCUUAAUGCCUGCACACACACUCAUAGAUUGGAAACCAAGUUGCAUUUUUCUCAGAAGAAACUUUUCCAAAAGGGAAAAUUUUCACAUGAGAAAAGCUAAGGGAACAGAAGGAAGUCUUGAGAAAGGAUAGCCUUAUCUUGACUGUAUUCCAAGUGGGGCUAUGUCUUGUAAUUAUUUUUUGCCAGUGAUGAUAGUAAACUGUAAUAGGACUUCAUAUCUUGUGCUUGCUUGGCUGAAGUACUAUAGGUCUUGGUACAUUGUAAUGCUGCUGUUGCUCUGUUAAUACCAUGUGGAUUCCCUUCCACUCACCCUAUCUUCCCACCCUGAGUCAGAACAAUAUUGAAUGUUCAGAACCACUAAGAUUUGGGGCUUGAGUCCAAUAUGGAGCAGAGUUGACAGAUGACAAGGCCCGGGAGCAGGUGUGGCUUGUUAAAUCGCUCAGUUACCUGCAAAAUGGCAGUUGUAUCCUGAAAAGGAAGACAACCUCCUGAGCAUCUGUUCGUGCACAUACUCGCUUAGAAAUGAAGCAAGAAAUGAUUCCUCUCUCAAGGGAGUUGCCUUAGCCCCUGGGAGCAUAAACUCUUUUCAGGACUUCACUGCUAACUACCUGCAGAGAUCCAAUUGCUAUGGUGGUGGGACCAGACACCAAAUAUCCAUCUCAAUUUUGUUCACAGACACCAUUAACAGCCAAAGCUCUGGGGUUUGGUUGCAUCUUUGGUAGAAGUUUCUGAGGAAUUGAUAGAGUGGGCAAUUCCAGGCCCGAAGAAUAGUGGAGAAGAAAAAAGCCAGCUAGCUUUAAACUGGCAUCAAGUCCUUUGGUGUCAACACUAUAAGAGAUUAGUCCCCUUAUCCUAAAGGCCCUGUGCUAUGUUGAAUACAACAGGGGAAGAGUACAGAAAAAAAUGUCAACUUAAUAAAUAUUAACCAGAAAAAUCAACAGGGUCAGCAUCCCCUUCCCUGGGGAUACAAGUGGGAAAAAAUGUUUUUUACAAGAGGUAGAAACUAAUACCAAAGCAACCAAACCAAUUCACACCAUUCCAUCCUGUAAGGGACCUUGACUGGCUGUGUGGAUUAAGGGAAUUGCUUUUGUCUGUUUGAUGGCUAAUCUGUAAUCCUCUGUUGUUUUCUGUUGUGCGGUUUUUGUUCCCUCAGAGGCCACUGCAAAUAAGCAGCAGGGCCAGGGGCUGGUGAGGACAGGAAGUGGGGUAGUGAAAGGUUAACAGAAAAAAAAGAAAGAAAGAAAAGGUCCACAAAGUGUGCCUAUUCCUCUCCCCCCCCCAAAUGGAUCACCAGUCCUCAAAGUUAAUAAAGUAUUGCU